GAAACGGCUCCGCCCCAGCAGCGCCAUCAGAUUGAAACCUGCCGCCCGGAGGGAAGGUGGGGAGGACCCCCUGAGCGCCCGGUGGAGCAGGGCUGGGAGCGCAGCGGGCGACGGCGCCAGGCCCGGAUCAGGACUGCGGGAAGGCUCCCUUUGGCCGAACAAGGCCAGCCAUGCAGUACCAGCCCCCUGGGCCCGCCGCUCUGUACGCUCCUACCCCGCUGCUGCAGCCGGUGCAUCCCACGCCCUUCUACAUCGAGGACAUCUUGGGCAGGGGGCCCCCGGGGCCGCCCCCCACCCUGCCGUCGCCCAACUCCUCCUUCACUAGCCUGGUGGCCUCCUAUCGGACUCCUAUCUACGAGCCAACGCCGAUCCACCCGGCCUUCUCGCACCACCUGGCCGCUGCCGCCACCUAUGGGACGGGCCCGUACAGCGCGGCAGCCGGAGCCCCCUUCUACCCGUUUCCCCGCGCCGUCGGCGAUUACACGCACGCCCUCAUCCGGCACGACUCUCUGGGGAAGCCGCUGCUCUGGAGCCCCUUCAUGCAGAGGCCGCUGCACAAGCGGAAAGGGGGCCAGGUCCGCUUCUCCAACGACCAGACCAUCGAGCUGGAGAAGAAGUUCGAGACGCAGAAGUACCUCUCCCCGCCCGAGAGGAAGCGCCUGGCCAAGAUGCUCCAGCUCAGCGAGAGGCAGGUUAAAACUUGGUUUCAGAAUCGCCGGGCUAAGUGGCGACGCCUAAAGCAGGAGAAUCCUCAAGUCAGCAAAAAAGAAGAACCUGAAAGUGGGGACACUCACCAGGAUCCAAGACAGGAAGACUGUUUGAGUCCUGAGCAGGAUAAAGAGGCUUCUCCAGGCAGGCCACAGUAUACCCCUUCACCAGCCUCCCAGGAAGAGCUGGAUUCUGACAUCUCAGAUGAUUCAGAUCAAGAGGUGGACAUUGAAGGUGACAAGAGCUAUUUCAAUGGGCCCCAUCAGUAGUGGUCCCCUGAGGAUGGACAUACCCUCCGCUCGCACUUUAAGAGGAGCUGGCUUGACAAAAAUGAUUUUUUUCCCUACAAAAGGAAAAGAUUUCUCCAAUCUGAGGAGAAAAUAUAACUCUAAGUCAGUGUUUUUGUUCAGAUGAUCCACUGAUAAAUGGCACAGAUCUUUUUUUAUUAUUAAAGAAAAUAGCCUAUUUUUGUUGAUACAUUUGUAAAGUGAUAAUAUGUAUAUCCUACUGGGAAUAUAAUACUACAUCUUCUUCAAACUGGCACAUGAAGAUCCUUAGCUGGCUGAGAAAAAACACCAAAGUAGAUGAAAAUGACCCUUUUGAUUUCCCAAGGAGAAUUUCACUUCUAGGACCUUUUGCAAGACAUGUCACAAAUGUAGUGGAAUGCAGAACUGAAACAAAACAUUUUACAUGGGGUCAUGAAGCCUGGGGGAGAGAGGAUAGCAGAUCCCAUCAAGAUCACUUUUUAUUUUCAUCUAUUGAAAACAGUGAUGCAGUUAGGUAAUUUUAGACUGGGCUUAUGUGACCUGCUCUUGAGAUAGCAUUGUAUAUUAUUUCACUUGCUUCAAGUGGUCUUACUGGGGGAUUUUCAGAUGGGAAUGUGUAUCACUUCAAAAGGUGGCAAGCCAGCCCUGCUGCAUUUGAGAGUCCUUCUGCUGAAUGGGGCCCUCGACUUCUGCCUCAAAAUCCUACCCUAACAGCACCACUGUUAUAUAAUGGAUAACCAAAAGUUAUGAUACGUGGACACUGUAUGUAGUGAGCUCUUAAAUAAUAGGAAGUAAUGGUGCAGGAAGGAAUAAUGGUAUGGGCAGGAAGAGAACUCCCUCCUUCUCUAGCAUAUUUUCUACCACAAAAACAGGCUUACUUUUGUCUUGAAUGGUCUAGGUAAUUUUUAAAAUGUUUUUACUACAACCUCUGUGGUGUACUGAUACAUUUAAAUUUACAAACCAAGAACAUAUGCUCUGGAUCUCAAGAUGGUUAAGGCAUAGCUAAUCUGUGUUAACUGAUCCCAUGUAUGCAUACUUGCUCAAGAACAGUGAGGGACCUUUUCAGCCUGAGGGCCAAAUUCACUUCUGGGCAACCUUCUGGGGGCUGCAUGCCAGAGGCAAAAGUGGACGGAACAAUGAAUAUACAUUUUACUGCUGCACGAUAGGCUAGUUUGUACACAUUCUGACACACCCCUCUCCAUCCUCCAUCCGGGAAAGCAAGAGGCAUUAUCAGAAUUCAAGGACACAUUUCAGCCAGGCAAAAACAUGGGAGGAGGGUGCAGAGCAGGGCCACUGAGGAGAGUGGCAUGAGGUGAGGGUGUGUGGCCUUCAUAGACUCUUGAGGGCCAGAUAGAGGGGCCUAGUGGGCCACAUUUGCCCCCCCCCGGCCUGAAAUUCCCCACCCCCGCUCAAGAACAUAAGAGGGUCAGACCACAUUCCACUUUGUCUAGCAUUAUUUGCAAGAAUCUCAGCAAAGAACUGACUCAAGACAGUGUCCUCCUCCCAUUCCAUAUGUAGAAGCUGACUGGACCAGCAGCUGAAUCUUACUUCAACAAUGGCAACAGGACAGUGUCCUCCAGUGCACCUGAGGGCAGCGGGUUAGUUUAGGUGGUGCAUGACAGGCCUGCAGCACACAUAAUUCUGAUCUCUUAUGGAGGGGAGUAGCCGGUGUAUGUGUGUGUGGGCUCAGGAGGAAUGCCCCUGCUGUCUCCCAGAUCUGCUGUCUUAGGCAAGUGACUCACUGAGUGCUAGGGCUUUCCCUGUCCCAGCACUAGGUGAUCCACCAGAAGCAGCCUACUAGAAGAUGGCAACCUCUUGCCCAACACUGUUCUACAGCUUCUUUGCAUCAAGAGAACUUAAACAGUGCAGCUGUAAGCAUGUUUUCUCAGAAGUGAGAUCCAUGAUGUUCAAUGGGGCUUACUCCCUAAUUAGUGUGUUUAAGAUUUCAGCCUAAGACAGAUUUCCUAACUAUGUCAUAUGUAAGUUGUGUGUUUUAUUGCAGUUGUUAAUCUCUCUUUGUUUUACUUCCUCAAAGAUGUGUGUGGCCUGGGACUAAAGAUCACCUGUCUGCCACCUACCCCUGCCUGUUAAUUUUGUAUUUGUGGGGACCUUCUGUGCCUCAUCAGAGCUUAGCUACAGGGUAACAUUUAUCUGUUCAAAAGUAGCUACACGUAAACUGACCUGUGGAUUUUCUGCAUGAAAAUGUUUUACAGAUUUUGCUUUUUAAAAGUGAUCCUUUUACGCUG